GGGGGCGGGAGGAGGAAGCGGAAGUGUUGGCGGCCGGGGGACAGUCCACCUGAUCAAUCGGGGGUCCGAGCCCUAGACACUUGCGAUGGAGGGCUGCAGCGAGCCGCGACUGGAUGCUAAGUCCGAGGUCACCAACCAGCUUGUAGAUUUUCAGUGGAAGCUGGGUAUGGCCGUGAGCUCGGACAGUUGCAGGUCUCUUAAGGAUCCUUAUGUUGCCGUGCUGCUGAAAGUGGCAGAUCAUUCAGGCCAAGUAAAGAACAAGUCCUUUGAAAUGACAAUUCCACAGUUUCAGAAUUUCUACAGACAGUUCAAGGAAAUUGCAGCAGUUAUUGAAACUGUGUGAAAACUGAUUACUUGGUUGAUAAAUUACUACCAUCAUUCUAAAAUCAUGGACUUCACUUUCUGUAACAAAACUGUAUAAGGAUCAAAUGAUAUUUAUUGAAUGAAAAUUGUUUUUUUGUUUUUCCAUUUUUUAAUAAUAAAAAAAUCAGACAAACAAGAAUUAGAUAGUGGUGAUCAAUGCAAAACUUUGUGAAUGUACUAAAAGCUGCUGAACUGAACACUCUAAAGGGUGAACUCUGUGUUAUGUAAAUUAUAUCAAUAAAAAAUUAAAUGAAUGAUUGAUAUU